CGCGAGAUCAGUUGUGGUAUUCCGUUGAAGCUCAGUACCGACACAUACACGAGCCUGUAGACAUGGCUCAACCGCUCCUCUCCUCGAUGUGCCGGACAUGUCGACUAUCAUAUCUUUCUACGGCUCCCAUUCGACGGCCUUUUGCAACGACUGUCCAGAGAUAUGCUGAAGGAGCAACUCCCCUCUCACCACGGAGGGGAUUCGUCGUCGACCGAACCGAACCUGAGCCUGAGAGCGCCGACAAGUUGUUCAGCGACGCCCUCCGGAGUGUCGAUCAGUCCCAAAGUCCCAGCUCCGACACCAUAAUCCGCAACCUGGCCCGGUCAGCACGAGACGAAGCGGCCACUCGACCGAGCGCCCGACUCCACGUCGACGAACCGUACCACAUCCACGUGUACGCGCACAAGCACAACAUGCACAUCACAUUCACCGACCCUUCCCACAAUCCCAUUCUGAGUCUGUCUUGUGGGAGCAUCGGACUGCGACACGCCCAGAGAGCCACGUACGACGCCUGUUUCCAGCUGGCGGCGUACACCUUCCGCAAGAUGGUGGAAAAGCAGUGGCGCGUAGGCGGCAAGAAAAUGACGCAGAACCCCAUGCAGACUCUGGCCGAUAUCAGGAGACCCGGUGCGCAGUACGGCGGAGCCGGGAUUGAAAUCGUUCUGAGAGGCUUCGGGCCUGGAAGGGAUGCCUUCCAGAAGGCGCUGCUGGGUACGGAGGGAAGAAUGAUCAAACCGCUUAUUGCAAAGGUGACGGACAGCACGAGGCUGAAGUUUGGAGGCACAAGGAGUCCGAAUGUUAGGAGGUUGUAAGGAGCUUGCCACGACAUGCUAGCUCUUGUUUUACUUUUACUGUAUAAAAAGAACGCAUGAGGUUCGGAAAGCGCAAAAAAGAAAAAUUUGACACAUGUAAAGAUAUGCUGUUCGAAGCAGAACCCAUUGAGAGACGGUAAAGUCCAAAAACAAAUACUCCAUGCCUCGGUGGAAGGGAUUGACUCACGUAUGAAUACACAUAUGGGACUAUUUUCACUAUGGACAAUUGACGUAUACGCUCCAAUGCCAGAAUUUUUGAGACUCAC